AUGCUAAAGUCAUGUCAGAUAGAAAAGCUGCACGAUGCCUUGUGGGAGAUACCAUAUUUUGGUUCAGCUACCGCCAAAUCGUUCCUCCAUCAGCAAAUGUUGAGACCACCGGUUCAUGCGAAAAAGUUUAGUAUAAUAACCAGAAGUGAGCAUUCUGGUAUAAUAGCGGUAGCGAACUAUGUGAAAGCCAAUCCAGACACCGCUACUAUUACAGGCGAAAGACUUGACAGACAAGAAAAGAUCUAUGAGAACCGGAUACGACUUAAAGAGAGGCCUGAGUUUGAAACCACAAUAGAAGUUGAGGUCGUGAAGCUAGAGACUGCAAGGUUGCAAGAGUUAAAUCGAGACAAACUCUUAAGCAUGGCCACUUACCAACAACUACUGAAUACCUCUGCCAUAUGUGCCAUGGAAAAAGUUAAAUAUGUUUUCUGGUCAAGUCGAGCAAGCCCACAGUCAGUUCAAGAUAGGAAAAGUUGGGAAGAGAACAAAAUUGAACAAGAAAUGAGGUCAGAGAGUGACGUGUCAAGUGACUGGCUUUACAAAAGCGAAGUAAAAAUGACUGUGAUGAAGAUGGAGAUCGACGAGAUUGAUUAUAUUUGGCUAGAAAAAUUCAUGGACAACGAUCAGACAAGAGUGGUCAUGAAUGCUGCGUCAGCGCUCAUGAACCAAGAAGAUCCAAAAAAAAUUACGAUACACUGA